AUGCAAGAUAACCAAAUCCAAUGUACCCUUGAUAACCUUUUGGUAGAAUUAAAGCUAGAGGUUAUCCUCAACUUAAAAAACCCCUCACCACUCGCCAAAUGCUCUCGCGAGUGGUACAAUCUCGUACAUUCGCCCUAUGCCAAAUCAAAAUGGCUCAUAUACCAAUUCAGUAGGACGCAUGCAUUAAUUCACGCAAUAAGGUUGGGAGAACCAUUUAUAAAUCCCACCGUUGUCCGGAACCUACUUGCCCAAAAGGCAAAUAUAAGCCGUUACGCGAUACAAAAGCUGAAAGCCGGCUUCGAACAACGGGAUACCCAGCGUCUGUGGGGAAGCCAUCUCACCAAUGAUAUUUAUUCGUAUAUAAUGGCUGAGGGAUUUAAACGGUACGGAGAUGGCGUCUGCCUCGGUGAAAAUGAUAUGGAGUUUUUUUAUUCUCGAUCAGGCGGACCGUCCACAAUCCGUGAGGCCAAACUCAUAUUUCGGAGAAAUAUUGGCGAGAUUAGAAGUUUAAUUCAAACUUGCAAGUUCGCUCCGUUUCCCCCUCGGCCAGACUCUGGCGUGUUGUCCUCCUACCCUCCGGCUUAUGGAGAUUAUCCGACGUCAGAUGGUUACGGAAACGUUCCCCAAUUGAACGUUAUUUCGAGAGCGAUCCUUUUGUGCCCCGACUUAAUAAACGAAUGGAAGAGGAUCGGAUACGCAAACGUUGUCAGUGACGUAAACGAUCUCGUCAUACAGGGAUUGUUACAAAUUUUAUUUCCAAAAACUACGGGGGGUAACUGGGUGAAGCCGACUGUGGCGAUGGUUGUGAGAAAAUUGAACUAUUUAAUCUCGCUCGGGUUUGGCGUUUGGGAUAGGGUUUUCGGGGAUGGAUUACUAAUGUUUGGGGAGAAAGUAAUGGACGUAGGGGACAUCAUAGUGGAAUCAUUCGCUGUUGUGCGCAGCCUUACAAUCGAACAGGUGCUUGGCAUCUGCUUAGAUGAAAUAUUAAACCCGAAAAAGGAAUUAAUAGAACAUUACCUCCUGGACUAUAUAGUAGAUCGGGUAGACGAUCCAGAGAACAAAAUAAUUUCCAUAUUUAGGAAAUAUGGAGUAAUAGAUGAACAUUUGGGACCUCGCCGCCAAAUGCCGAUACCCCUUUCACAAACAUUUCUUAAAUACUCGGCGCCCAUAUAUAGAUUUAUGGUGAUAAAGUUUGGGGUGAAGGCUCAAAUAACAAGACAUUUAAUGAAGGAACUUCUUGUCGGGAGGGUGGGAAUAUCGCAACAUCCAGACUCCAUCACACAUAGGGGGAGGUGGCGGGACUUGGUUAUUAUCUUUAACGAAUAUUAUAAUAUCAAUGUUCCGUUCGAGCCCGAGGAGUUGUAUAUAUUUAAGUUGUGCCAAAAUGAAUUUGUCAUAAAAAGCCUCUUUGAAGGCUACCUCCCCAAACUUUUCGGGUACGAGGGGGGAUACAAGGCACCACUGACACUCCGAACUGCAGUCUUGAUGCCAGUCACGCCCUUGCCACAAGCAUUGUUAAAAAAACGCAAGGGAGCAAAAAAGGCGAAGACAGAAUUGCAGAAACGGUGGGUGGAAGCCUGCAGUCGACAAUUAGAGGGUGAAGGCGUCGACAAUGUCGUCUUUGGAGAUGCGUUGCAGAAAUUCCUUCGACUUGCCCGGGAUCUAACAAAACCUAAACAAAACACCAAACGGGCAAGAUUAAGUUAG